AAAAUCCCAAGCUGUUGGUUCAAACAGUACUGCACCCCAGUCUUAGCCUCCGUUUCCUUCCAGUGACGAACGACACCUCUUGGCCUAGAAUUUAAUCCCACUCAAGUGCCUCUCCAACUUUGCUUCUGCGACUGACCAAAUCCAACCCCAUGCCCAGGACCAGCUAAUGUCCUCAUUUGCGCAUCCUUUAAUGACCAGCCGAAAUGGCUAAGAAGGCGAAACAACGUGUGUCCUAUGUCCUGCCCCUUGCAAACUCACCUGGCGGACAUCGUCUGGGGGUGAACGGACUGGCGGUUGACUGCGAGCAGUCGAUUCUGUAAGUUCUUUGCGGGGUUUGGUGUGGGGUGCUUGGAGAUACUUGCGGAGGGGGGGAGGUAUGCGAGCGACUAGCUAAUUGUUGCGCCAGGUACUCGGGAGGAAGAGAUGGAGCUAUUUGCGCGUGGAAUCUCAACCUUGAUCUGAAGAACAACAAGACGUUCGACAACCCCUUUGAGUCCCCGGAGGAUCCUCCUGCAAAGCGAGGUUCGAGUUCGAGGCGUUCUACUUUUCGGGCGCAGACGCAGGCGCAUACACAUUGGGUGAACGAUAUUGUUCUGGCGCAAAACAACACGGCGCUAGUGUCGGCUUCGUCUGACUUGACGGUGCGAGUAUGGCGGCCACUAUCGAAUGCCUAUGAGGCCCCGCAGACGAUUGGACAGCAUGCGGAUUACGUGAAGUGUCUGGCGACUCCAAAUCCCCAGGCAGAUUGGGUUGCGUCGGGAGGACUGGACCGACGAAUAUGUCUUUGGGAUCUCAGCGGAGCGGGGAAGCAACUAGAAAUCGAGGUAGGAGACGAGGAGAAGAGUGAGAAGGGCUCAGUGUAUGCGCUCAGUGCUAGUCGAAGUAUACUAGCCAGUGGAGGACCGGAAUCCAUCCUGCGACUUUGGGAUCCCAGGACUGGAAAACGGGUUACCAAGUUUGUGGGCCAUACGGAUAAUAUCAGGGAUAUACUUAUCAAUGAGACGGGGGAUACGGUCAUGACUGCCAGCUCGGAUCAGACGGUCAAGGUGUGGAGUGUUACUGCGGGCCGGUGUAUGCAUACACUCACGAUGCAUAACGACAGUGUCUGGUCCUUGUAUUCAGACGACCCGGCUCUCGGAGUUUUCUACAGUAGUGAUAGAUCAGGUCUGGUUGUCAAGACCGAUGUUAGAGGCACAAUGGGAGAAAUGGACGACGGACUUUCUCUGGCUGUUGCCCAGGAAAACGAUGGUGUCAUCAAAGUCAUUGCUCAUGGAGAUUAUAUCUGGACAGCAACAUCAAGUUCUUCCAUAAGCCGAUGGACUAAUGUUGAUACGGGAGCAAAUAUCCAAUUGCCUGAAGCAUAUCGGCGUCACCGGGCCUCGAGUGUUGUAUCUCGUUCUCGACAACCUUCCCUGACUACAUCCAAUGGAACUUCGACGGAUGAAAUACCAUCGCAAUCCAUACUGAGGAUUUCCAACACGGCUAGUUUCCCCACUGCUAUAAGGGAAACUAGCAUGACACCGAUUCCUGGUCGAAAGGACUCGGAAAUUAUUGUAGAUCCUGAUAUUGGUGUGAUAGUCCCCAUUCAUGCUUUGCCGGAGGAGACCAUUGAGGGCCAACACGGUCUGGUAAAGCACAAGUUGCUUAAUGAUCGUAGAAGGGCUUUGACGUUGGAUACUGCUGGUGAUGUUUUGCUGUGGGAUCUAUUACAGGUAAGACUUUGUAUGUUCCUGCAUUUGCAACAGCUUAUUUUGUUAGUGUGUACCCAUACAAUCUUUCGGAAAGAGACAUCUUGAAGACGUUGAACCAGAAGUCAAUACCAUGGAAGCCGUUGCUCCUUGGUGUUCCAUUGAUACCCGUACCGGAAGACUGGCCGUGGUCUUGGAAGAAUACAAUUUCUCUGAUGCCGAAAUGUAUGCCGAUGAGCUUCAACUAGAUGAACCGGUGGAGUUCAAGGAAGACCAGAGAAGUAAGUCUCUUUCCCAUCGCUGGUUUCUAUCAAGCCGACACGACUGACCGACGUUAUAGUAAACCUUGGAAAGUGGGUCUUGAGAUACAUAUUCGCAAAUCUUAUCGACGAAAUGAUCAAGAGAGACGAAAAGUAUCGUGAAGAACUCAAUGAAAAUCUGAAGAAGGGUGGCCAAAGAUCCAACGCCCCAAACUCAAUCCAAAUGCCCAUUACAGGAAUAUUGUCUGACACCAUUCUCACUCCUCGAGCGAAUGGUCAAUCGUAUCCAGUGACACCUGGCAUGGGAAUAGGAGUUGCAACACCUGCUGCUGUGACACAUCUCCCAGGUGUUCCCGAAGAUGGAGCACCUCUUGACCAACGGACCUCACAAGCUAGCCGCCCUUCCGCUGACAAACCUGGUGAUUACUUUUCCAGUACCCGGAUCAACUCUGAUUCGAGCUCAAAAGCCGUGGCCACUCCCGCUGCCGAAACACAGGAACCCAAGUCACCCAGUGUAGAUGCGGAUAAAGAGAACAAUAACGGAAAAGACUCCAACACACUCUUUGGAAGAAAAUUCAAGAUGGGUAAAGGCAUGUCCUUUGGCAGCAAAAAAACCAACCGUUCAGCAUCGGCGACGAACACGGAGAAACCAGUGAUCGUCGAUGAGAAGGUUGAAGAUGGUUCAGAAGCCUCGGAAAAUGGCGAGAAGGGGAAGGAGGUUGAUGAUAGUUUCUUCGGUGUCGUUCAGAAAAUCAGACAUGAGUAUGAGAAAGCGCUACUCGAGAAUCCUGAACAGCGGGUUGAGAGUGGUAUUACACCAAGUCUACCGAAUGAGACGCCUGUUCUGAAACCGCCACCUUUGACGACGGUCAUUGUUCAGGAGGAAACUUCGGGCGGUAGUGCGGAUUUGUAUCGAGGCACGGUCGGGACGGUUGGUGAGGACGCGAGUUUGAUUGAGCAAAAGGCUCCGAUGUGGCUUGGUGACCUACUAUUACGAGUUCGUUUUUCCCCUCUCUCCCCUCUAUUAGUCGACCAAGCUAACAUAAAUAGAACCGCAUCCCACUCAAGGAACCCGUGAAGGUCUCCUUCAUCCUACAGCCUUGGCAAGAUCUCCUCCCCAGUAUCGCGGGACCAGAUGGCAAUUCCCGUCUCAAUGCAAAUCGCAUGCUGAGGGUCAAGAAGAUCCUUGGGUAUGUUGCCGAACGGGUCGAGCCGGUUCCCGAAACGCCCGAUCCGGAUGCGAUGAAGCCGGAGGAGUAUUUGGAGCUUUAUUGUUAUGACCAGGUUCGUAUUAUCCAUUCUUCCCCUUCUUCUCUCUCACCCUUGCCCUUCUUAUCUACUCUCAUUCCUUCUCCUGUAUUUGAGAACCCCAUUCUAAUCAUCACCGCUGUGCAGAAGUUACCCAUCACGAUGAGCCUCGCCACUCUCCGCGCACAUGUCUGGAAGGGAGGUGCGGAUGUGAUGUUGUAUUAUAAGAGUAAUGGGCGGAAAGCUAUUAAAGGGGAGGCUACGUCUGCGACGACGGAGACGAAUGCGGGGGAGGGUGAUGCGGGUGUGGAUAGGUCUAUUACUUGAUUGGAUCAGGAUAUACAUAUUACCUUUUUUCCUGGUUUUGGUUGGGAGGUCUUGAGGGAUGGAUGGAUGUUUUUUUGUAGAUAUGUGGUGGUGGGCUCCUUCUUUUUACGGUAGUUGGAGAUACCUAUUUAGUUGUUCUCUUUCUUCUUCUUCUUCUUCUUCUUCUUCUUCGUGGAGUCGUGUUUUCUUACUG